ACAUAUAUUCGGCUAAUAGGCUUCCUUCCGCAUAAAGCUGAGGAAAAGGAAGAGGAAAAGAAAAGACCCACACACCGUCGUAGACUACUCCAUCGUCUCUGAAACUAAUCUGAUUCAGCCAUGGCUAAUGCAGCGUCUGGAAUGGCAGUCCACGAUGACUGCAAGCUCAAGUUUCUCGAACUCAAGGCCAAGAGGACUUACCGUUUCAUCGUGUACAAGAUCGAGGAGCAGCAGAAGCAAGUGGUUGUAGAGAAACUCGGCGAACCUGGUCAAUCACAUGAUGACUUUGCAGCAAGUCUUCCAGCCGAUGAAUGCCGAUACGCCAUCUUCGAUUUUGAUUUCGUCACUGCUGAGAAUUGCCAGAAGAGCAAGAUUUUCUUCAUCGCAUGGUCUCCGGACACAGCAAGAGUGAGAAGCAAAAUGAUCUAUGCGAGCUCUAAGGACAGGUUCAAGAGAGAGCUAGAUGGGAUUCAAGUAGAGCUUCAAGCAACCGAUCCGACUGAGAUGGAUCUCGACAUUUUCAAAAGCCGAGCCAAUUGAGGAACGGUUGUGUAUCAAAACUUUGUUUCUUCUAUUACCAGAGUGAUAUGCUUUAUCCUAAAGUUUGCUGUGACGGCACCAACCAAAACAGCUUCAUUUUAUCUGUCUUCUUUGUCUUGAGUGUCUUUUUUUUUUUUUGGUUCUUACAGUGUCUUGCUUAGAACUUAAGAGAAUUGGCUUGUGCUCUUUUACAGUUGUGUAAGAUUACCCUACUGGAACAUUGUGCCUCAUCUAACGCGAGACGCCUAGUGAUCCAUGGAUUUAAAUAAAUGAUAUUAUAACUUAAGGUUGCUUAA